CAUUUUAAUUUAAUCAACUAUCGACUGUAACACGUAGGUCGUAGAGCAUAACUUCAAUAUUAAUAAAAAUGUAAUAUGAAAGAGCUCCACACGCAGUUUCAUGCACUCGCUCCAUCUCACUCUCUCGUAUUCGUGCCAUAUGUCGCCUUAUCUCUUUACGUGGACUCGUGUCGGUUCGAGACUCGUUCGGGUGGACUCGCCGCGCCACGCCUCCGCGCCGCGCGGUACCUAUGCUCUAAUCAUGUCCGCAUGUCCGUCAUGUUCAACGCGUUCGUAGUUCCUGCAUAACAGUACACUUGGAAUGGAAAUGGAACUGUCUGAACAUGUUAAUUUUGACAAGUCGGAUUGAAUGAUAUAGUUCCAUAUGAGGACAUAGUUCCAGGAACUAUUUAGUUCCGGAACUACGCAUGUCUACUUCAGAGUUCAGAAAAGAAUUGAUAGGUAACUUAAAUUAACUGUUUACUGUUUGAAUGAAUUUGUAUUUAUAAUGGAUGAAAAUAAGUCAGAGAGCUUAAAUUCUAUAAAGAACAUAAUCUUAGAUGAGCGGCGUUUAGUGACAUACACAUCCAUUAGUAAAGAAUUGUGCAUUCAUGUAAAUAAGGCGAAAAUAUUUUUGAGAGAAUUUGUUGAUGAAUUGAGAAAGAACAAGCCGAAUGUUGGUCUUUCAGUCAGCUACAUUAUCUCGGGAUCCUUAAAAAACAAUAAACUUCUAACUAUUCUUGUACUAGAAGAAGAAUUAGUAAGCGUGAAAGACAAAUUCAGUACAAUAUUCUUUGAGCAUAUUUAUAGUGUAUGCUACGGCCAUUGUACAAGUAUAGAUAAAUCAGCAUUUAUAGCUAUAAACACCUUCGAAGAUUAUUUGUUAUGUAAAGGUACAGUCAAAAACAAUAUUUGUUCAAAGAGAUCUUAUGAAGAAAUAGGCACUUUAAAAUUUAAGAGCCAGGAAGUACCCGAGAAAAAUCUGAAAAACUCCAUAAAGAAAGAUUCGAAAAACAGUAUUAAAGAAGAAAAUCACAAUACACAGAAUGAAGUGAAAACUAUUAAAGAUCAUGAUAAGAAAACAGAUCCUGUAAAAUCUGAAAUUCCAUCACCAAAGUACAAUUCUGUUACUAACAAUAAAUCUCUUGAUAAAAAAAGUAAUGGAAAGUCUAAUGGGAAUAUAAUGGGAUUUUUAUCAAAAACACCAAAUGUUAAAAUGGAUAUUAACAAGAAAGAUAAGGGAGAUAUUGAAAACAAAACAAAAAUAACAAAAAAAUUUGAUAGAGAAGAAACAAACAUUGAUGAUAGCUCUAAAACCAAUGGAACUGAAAUUAAAUUGACAGAGAAGAAGUCAGUAAAUAGUAUAAUCGCACAAAAAAAUGAAGCAUCAACUCAAAAAAAAGACAUCAAAGUGGAGAAAAUAGAUAUUGAAGUUAAAGUAAGAAAUAAAAAAACUAACCAGGGGAAUUCUUUUGGAAAGAAACGCAAAAGAGUAUUGCAUGUUUCUGAUAGUGAUAGUGAUUGUGAAAAAUCAGAUUCAUUGGCAGAUGAAAUUACUUUGGAACGUGAAUCUGAAGAUGAAAUUCCACCAACUCCAUCAGCUACCAUUGUUACCAUAACACCUGGGCUUGUUAAUGCAAAAAAGAGGAGAAAAAUCAUAGAUAAAACUUAUACAGAUGAAGAAGGAUUUAUGUUAACCAAAAAAGAAGAAAUUUAUGAGAGUUGUUCAGAUGAUGAAGUGCAUACAAAAGAGAAUGUUGAUAUUAAAAAACAAGUCACCGUUGAAACCACUGCUCUGAAAAAUGUGCCAAUAAAGCAAUCAAAAAAAAAGUCUUCUCCAUCACAAAAACAUAAACAACCAACCAUGAUGAACUUCUUUAAAAAAGUACCAAAUUAAAUACCAUCCUAUGUAACCAAAUCAUGGAAUAAAAUAAUUAUACCAUCAAGAUAUAGUGGAUGCCAGUUCAAUUGUUUUAAUAAGGAUCCAAUUCUCUACGUACAUUUAUAUACUUACAGAAUGUAAUAGGUUAACCUUCAAUAAGCGCAGUUGGCAUUAUAAUUUCUAAAGUUUGUUUAGGUAAAUGGAAAUAGGGAAGACAAGGUUGAGAUAAUUCUGCUAUCAAAUACUCAGUAUUUAUAUAAAAAAGAAAGAUAAAUCAGUUCAGUGCAAUAUUUUCCCAGUUACACUGAAAAUUUCCUUUUUUAAUUUAGUAACUAGUGAUGAGCUUUUGUAAUAUUGUUAUCAUUAAAAACAAUCAGGAAAAUUUUUACAAGUUCCACUUUUAUACUAAAAAAUGACAACAACAAAAGUAUAAGUAGGUAGCAAAAUUUUAAUCUUAUUGCUAGUGAUGAUGUUCUGACUUUGAACAGCAAGUUAGGAUCGCUAAUACUUACGAGUCAUUAAUUUCAUUAUUUCAUGCCAAUAAUUUCCAACAGUUGUAAACCAAAUAUUAAACAAAAAAAAAUAUUGCACAUACCGACAUAAUAUAUUCAUGUACAGAUAUAGUUUGAUCCCUCCUGGCUGAGCCCUUGCUUACCUACCUAUCCUGGUGAAACUAGGAAAGCCUCCGAGAGAACAGUAAUCUUUCAAUCGCAAAAAAAAAAUGUUUGACAGCUUUGUUAAGGAUUAUCGAAUGUGAUCUGAAUCAGAUAAUGUAGAUGAUUGUAACAUCAUUAUUUUUAUACAUUUUGAUAUUAUGUUUUCGAAUCUUUGCACCCUUGAAUUUAUUACAGUUACGCUAUAUAUCUGUAUAGCCUGUAAUUCUGUGGAUGGAAGGAUUCUUUAAGAACUUAUUACACUUGUUUUAUGUCAUUAACUUUACUGAAUUCAUUCACACUGCAUGCCUGUGUGGUAUGUAUAAAAUGGCCAGCAUAAACUCAUAUUGGUGUGUCUCUACUCAACUACAAGUAAAAAUUUAUAAUUUGAUGUUAAAUUUUACAGUGUUAUUUGCUAAUGAAGCUAUGUUGGUAUACUAUUUUUACUGGUGGUAGGACCUCUUGUGAGUCCGCGAGGGUGGGUACCACCGCCCUGCCUAUUUCUACCGUGAAGCAGUAAUGCGUUUCGGUUUGAAGGGUGGGGCAGCCGUUGUAACUAUACUUUAGACCUUAGAACUUAUAUCUCAAGUUGGGUGGCGCAUUUACGUUGUGGAUGUCUAUGGGCUCCAGUAACCACUUAACAACAGGUGGGCUGUGAACUCGUCCACCCAUCUAAGCAAUAAAAAAUAAAUGCUGCUACAGUUGGUUGUGUUAUAUUAUGUGUUGAUUUGCCAUAAUUAUGCUGUAGUAGAUUAGAAGCCACACAUUAUUUCAAACUGUAUUGUAUACAUAGCUAUUAUGGAAAGCAUAGUAGAGAGAGAAGUCUGUAAUCAGGUUCCAAUAAAGUAAUUAAUUAUAUAUUACAGUUUUCUUUCAAUUUACGAAUUUUCCAAUGGUAAUGCCUUAAUGUCACACGAUUUUAAUAAACAGUGUACUCCUAGUCUGCCAUCUAUCACAGCCAACAAGGGCUUGUUGGCUGUGAUAGAUGCUGUUUGUUGUACUUAAAAACAUCCAAUAGUGCUUGUGUGUAAGAUAUUCUGCUUGUAUUCAUGUACUUAUGAGAUUGAGUAGGUGAAAUCGUUGUUAUAAUGUAGAAUUUAAAAGAAAGAAAAAUAAACAAAAUAACAAUA